AGCGUCCACAACGCAAGAAGUUCAGAGCACUUGUCUUUCUUCCAGACAGCAUGUCAGAAGACAUUAUCACCAAACGUAUCCAUGUCUCCGGACUGACACCAGCCCUUAGCGCUGCAGACAUAUCACAACGACUAGGUUCAUUCGGAACUGUCAAAGCUCUCGAUGGUCUUGGAAAGCUGGACGCUCUCGGCCAACCGAAGAAGUUUGCAUAUGUUACGAUUGAAACGACGAAGUCCAAACUUACGAAAUGCAUGAAUUUGCUGAGCGGCGUGACAUGGAAAGGUGCCAAAUUACGUCUUGGAGAAGCAAAGCCAGACUUUCGCGAGAGAAUUCAGAAUUGCGCAGGAAAAUGCUCCGGCUAUAGCUGAGGACGGUGAACCUCCUCGCAAGAAGCGUCGUCUGCCUCGUGGUGUACAAGGUGUACACGCCGACAAUAUGUCUCCCGUUACCCCAGAAACCGUGCAAGACCGCAAAGGAUGGAAAGUAACUGCAUUAGGUCGUAUGAUCCAUCCCGUCAGGAUGCGACCAACUCAUCCUCUCCCGGACCCCAUUGACGUUGCAGCAGCCCCCAAAAUCAAAAAGGCUGGUGCGAAGGAAAAGCGCAAAAAACCAAAAGAACCUCCUUCACGUGCGCGAAGACGUACAAUAGAUCCCACGAAGUUCGGCUCUAACCAUCUAAAGGGUGCUUUUCUCGAUGCUGUUGUAGCCUAUCCAGAUACUGCUAUUCGUGCGGCGGAACUUGUCCGGCCGACGUCACCAAUUGAUUCGUCUGAUACGGACAGUAGUGGUCCAGAGCAUGAGCUAUUGUCAGAAGACCAAGAGGAAGUGCUUCCUGUACCUUCGAUGCCUACGCCCGUCGCUCGAUCGGCACCUUCUUCACACAAAUCAGCUCAGGUCGCUCAAAAGGCACAGCCAAAAAUCCAGCAAAAGCCAAGCAGUACAGCUUUGCCGCUGGACAACGAUUUACUCCAAGAGAAGAACGCGUCUUUGGGCUUGCUACAGUCACUGUUUGGCGGUAAAGACGAUGAUUGGUGUGGUAAAGAGAGCCUUUCGGACGUGGACAUGGAUGAGGCGAGAGAAGCUCCUCCCAUGACGACGGAGGUGGUGGACGAUUUAGAGGUUGUCUCUCGCACCGAUGCCAGUGCAUCAUCCGACGAUGAAAGUGAAGGCGAGAUGCUAGACGUCCAGUCUGCAGCCGUCGUUGUCUCUCCAGAGCCCGCAUCUGCGAAACCGAGUGCACUACAAGGACCGGAACCAAAAACUAAACUGAAAGAUCUAUUUGCUCAUAGGGAAGAUGAAGGUGGUUUCUCCCUUCUGGGACACCUCGAUCUCGAUGAUGAAUUGGACGAAGAUGACCUCAACCUUGGCACUGCUCAACCUCAGAUAGUACAGCCAGUCGCCGAACCUAUGCCGACGUCCACUCAUGUGCUUACACGUCCAAGGGCUCAAGCGGGGUUUCUCUCACUCGAUGCAAAAGAACCGUUGUUCUUCCCCAUACCACCUGAAGAGCGUGCCAGCAUCAAAGGGAAAGUGAAAGAUUUCUUCGAUGUCGCAAGAGAACGUGGUGUCGACUGGAGAAGUUUCCGUCGGACUCAAACGGAAGAGGAGAUUAAGCAGCGUUGGGAAGAUAACAAGAAGGAGCUCACGCAAGAGUGGAAAAGAAGACAUCGAGAAGCCAUUAAAAGUAAGAGGCGGAGGGGAGGGUUCGAUGGUGGGGCAGAGUAGACUACGUGUUAAAAUCUCAUAUCCUUUACUACAAUACUGGUCUGCACUUCGGUUACUGUAAAGUGGAAUAUCUUCUCGGUUCUCG